ACAAAGUCGUCUUAUUUUCUACAGGCUUUUUCGUAAUAAUUUUUCAAAGGCGUAUUAUUACCUGAAAAACAGAAGAGCUAACAAUUUUGAUAAGAUGGACUUCACCUAAUGGAAAAACAGUCAUCGUAGAAUAGUUGAGAUGUUCGCCAUUGUACAUUAUAGGAUCUAUAUUUCAAAAAUAAUGAUACGAAGCGAUUGAAUAUAGUAUCGUGUACUCGUUCAAACGCGCCUAUUUCGAAACGAGUGUUAUUGUAAAGUGAUAAUGUCGGACGAGCGAUGGUAUUUUACGAAAGAACAGUUGGAAAAUUCGCCAAGCAGAAGAUGCGGCAUCGAUGCGGAUAAGGAACUGAAUUAUAGGCAACUGGCGGCGAAUUUGAUCCAGGAUAUGGGAAGUGGUAAGCAUUUACGAGUGAACCAGUUAGGUAUUAGCACGGCCAUGGUGUAUAUGCAUCGAUUUUACGUGUUCCAUUCGUUUACGCAUUUCCACUGGAACGCGAUUGCGAUGGCGUCUCUGUUUUUGGCGGCCAAAGUCGAAGAGCAGACUCGUAAACUGGAAAACAUAAUUAGAGUUGGUCAAUGGUGUUUGCAAAAAAGUCAAAGUAGUAUCGAUUGCAGCUCCGAAACGUAUUUAGAUCAAGUACAGGAGCUGGUAAUGAAUGAAAAUAUACUACUGCAAACGUUAGGCUUUGACUUAGCUAUCAAACAUCCGCAUGCGUUUAUCGUAGAAUUUAGUGAAAAAGUCAAAAUGAAUAAAGACAUAACGAAAGUUAUGUACGGCAUGGCGUCGAAUAGUUUGCACGUGACGACCCUGUGCGUGCAGUACAGGCCGUCAGUGGUGGCUUGCUUUUGUAUCGAUCUCGUUUGCAAAUGGUCCGGCCAUAAGAUACAGAUGAGCGGCGACAACCCAGCUUGGUGGUCGGCCAUCGAUCCUAGCGUUACACCUGAAUUAUUAGAACAAAUGAUCCAAGAGUUUUUAGGCGCUUACGAAAAAUUUCCGCAGCGAAUGAAAAACAAAUUUCAGGAGCUGAUGAAAAAUCGCCAUAUUCCGAGUAAUCAUCCGCUCAACGGCGAUCGUAAGCCGGAGGUCAGCGACCAGUCGUCAUCCGGCUCGUUCGGUCACAGUGCAGCCUCAACGACCUCAACGUCGUCGUCGUCGUCAUCUUCAUCGACGUCGACGUCGAUGUCGCAUCUGCAAAAACGUCAGCACGUUUCGACCAGCAAUCACAGUGCUUCUGGAUCGAAUCGAGUGCAUAAGUCAUCGUCGAUGCAUUCGUCUAACCAUCAUCAUAGUUCUCAUUCGACGUCGCAUGGUUCAUCAGGGUAUUCUUCGUCGUCGUCGUCAUCGGCAUCUUUGAUGAAUGGUAAUAUGAAUGCCAUCCCGAAUGCUCCGCCUGUCUCGUCUUCUUCAGUCAAAAGCAAUUCCGCCUCUCUCGCAUCGUCUACGCAGCCACAGCAGCAGCAGCAGCAACAACAACAACAACAACAACGUCAUCUGCAUCAACAACAGCAGCAACAACAACAACAACAACAGCAACGUCAUCCGCAUCAUCAACAACACCAUCAUCAUCAUCAACGACAUCACGGUGCUUCGACGACGUUGACGAGUUCGCAGCAUGCUCAUAAAAUCGCUUCUUCUGGUACUACUGCCGGUCAUUCCACCAGUACCGACGGCAGCGGUAGCGUUGUGCCUACUAAAGAAAUAGCGAGACCCGAUCGACCGAAAGUGACUGAAAUUCGACUAAAACCUCGCCCCGUCGUGAAACAAGAGCCUGCUCAUCAUGCUGCGCCUUCGGCUGCGACUGUUCCUUCGAUCUCUACUCAUCGACGUGUAGUCAACGACGACAUUUCUGCGAAACAUACUCAUCAAAAGAUCGUCGACGGUCAUAGUCGAGAAUCUAAUCGAUUCGCGACGAAUUCGCGUCCCGAUAUGGUAUCGAAUGUGAUCAAAGAACUCACUACGGCCAAUCAAAGCGAAAAACGCACCGAUAUCAAGACCGAGCCUCCUGAAAACAAUUUCGGUUCACUUGCCAAUCGAGUUGCGGCUCCGGUCACGUCGAGAAGUCACUCGAUAUUCAGCCCAUCGCCUCCACCCAAUCACGAUCGUUUUAAACUUCCGCCCGCGGUCGCGGAACGAAUUUUACCCGCCGAGGUGGUAAUUAAACAAGAGCCUUUGUCCGAAAACGUGCAAAUUAAGCAGGAGCCUCUGCCCGAAAACGUGCAAAUUAAGCAGGAGCCUCUGCUCAGCGAAACGCAAAUUAAACUAGAACCAUCGACGACUACUCCUUAUAAAUAUACCAAUCAUAAUAACGUUUCGCGUCGUGAGCUUAUACCUGGUAUCAAAAAUGACAAAACCAAUUCCAAUCGCGAAAAAAUACUCGAAAAAAAUACCGUUAGCGUACCGUCCAGCGCUUCUACCGACAUCAAGCCGUUAUUAGUAACCAACUCCACCAUUAGCUCAGCACCGUCUCUGAACCACGUCGAGGUGAAGGUUGAAAAAGAACCUUGCGAGAUUAAAACGGAACCUUGUAAAUACUCGGCGUUUCCCUCUUCUAGUAGUAAUAGUCAACCACCCUCGGUUACUAAUUCUAACGAAGAGCCAGCGAUUAGUAACGAUCAAGUCGACUCGGUCGUCGUGAGUGCAUGCUCUCCGUCGACGUCGCACACUCACAAAAAAAAGAAAAAACAUAAAGAAAAAGAUAAACGGCAUAAAGAGAAGAAACGCCAUAAAGAAGAUAAACACCACCAUCGUAAAGAGCACAGCAGUAAAGAGAAAGAGCGCAGAGAACCGGGGCCUAUCAAAAUUACCAUUCCGAAAGAAAAAUUAGCCGAUAUACCUGUAAAAUUGAAAAUUAAAAUUAACAAAGAUCUAAUCGUACCGCCUUCGACUUCCGAAGCGAGUACAAGCUACGGUGUUGUUGAAGUGAAAAAUAGUUCUGAAAAUGUAUCGAAAUCGCGUAAACGUAAACGUGAAUCGGAUCACGAUCAUUCGUCUAGAAAACAUUCUCGUAAUCUUGAUACGAAUUCUCAAAAUGGUUAUAAGUGAAUUAUAAGAACUGCCUAUCGAUAGUAUUAUUGUAAGGAACUGUGUUUUGUUUUAUUGUGUUUUUUUUUUCAUAUAUUGUAUGUCGUGUACAUAUUCUUACGUUAUAUGGAUAAUUGAUUUUUUUAUUCAUAUUGUGAUACUUGUUUUUUUUUUUUUUAAUUUUAUUUCUUCCCUGUAUCUCUCGUUGUUAAUGUUAGCUUGUUUCGG